AUGCCACCUAUUAGGUCUCACGGGCGCAACAAGAAGCCUCCCCCCGAUGGUUUCGAUGACAUCGAAGACACUCUUCUAGAGUUCUCGAACAAGAUGAAGGAUGCAGAGAACGCGUCCCACGAGGGCAAGAAAAGGCACGAGAUGAUCUGGCCCAUUUUCCAAAUCACACAUCAACGCAGCCGGUACAUCUACGACUUGUACUACGAGAAGGAGGCGAUCAGCAAGCAGCUUUACGAUUGGCUUUUGAAGCAAGGGUAUGCAGAUGCGAAUUUGAUCGCGAAAUGGAAGAAGCAAGGUUAUGAAAAGCUUUGCUGUUUACGGUGCAUUCAAACAAAGGAGACAAACUUCUCUGCUACCUGUAUCUGUCGGGUGCCAAAGGACCAGCUUCAAGAGAACCAAACCAUCGAAUGCGUCAGCUGUGGCUGUAGGGGUUGUGCGUCAAGCGACUGA